UUGCAUCGCGCCGCGUGUUUUUUUUUUAUCAAUCAAUUUUCAGUGGCCAGUAAAUUUGCGGUAAUUUCCCCUGUGCAAGGGUAUGUGCGCACAGCCCCCACUAGCCUCGGCACUGACUGAUCUUUGAUUUUUCUCGGCGUCGACGCGAACGGAUCGUAAGGAAAAUCGGUGCCAGGGGACGAAUGUUCUCAUUGAGGCUGCGGUACGGUUGACAGCCGUUCACAACACCACAAUGUUGGAUAACUGGAGAAGUUGGUUUCGGGGAACGACGAGCCAUGGGAUCAUUUGUAUUUAUAUGCUUCUGGUCUGCCGGGUACAAGAGAGUUCACAGGAGAUUGUAAUUCAGGAGUUGAAAGUGCCACGUGUCGUUGAGGCUGGUGACAAUACUUCUGUGAUUCUCGACUGCGUCUAUGAUUUGCAGAACACAUCGACAAACGGUCUGGUUGUCAAAUGGUUCGUGAAUGAUACUACACUUCUGUACCAAUGGAUUUACGGAAUUCCACCGGUAGUCGAUGAGCAGGACAAUCACAUCGAAGUCGGAUACAAAGCCACUGAUGAUCCAACUACCAUGUAUCGAGCUAUGAAAAUCAACAAUCUCAAUAUCAAUCAUACGGGGGAUUACAAGUGCAACGUGUUCACUUAUUUCGAUGACGCGAGCCGGGAAACACCGAUGAUUGUCUACUCUGCGGAGGAAACAUUUGAUUUGAAGUAUGAAAAAAACGAGGGAGAGAGUGGAGAAGGAGUUGAAGUGACGUGCAGCGCCGAGGGACUGUAUCCUGAGCCGACUCUGGAAAUAUCCGUCAAUGAUGUUGUUGUCAACCGAACUGAGGAACUCGAUGCAGUACAUCGGGAUGAUGGGAAAUACAACAUUACAGCUAUAUUAAUUGCAGAGGAUGAGGAUUUACCGAGUCAAACAGUUGUUAAAUGCACCCUGAGUAUACCAAAAGCCAAUUAUACUAAUUGGAGAUUCAUUACAUUUUCAUCAGGAACGGCAACCAGUACGCCUAGUGUAACAACCGAUCUGCUGAGAAAAAUGGACAUCCAGGCGAUAAACAACUCUGAGAGAAAUAGUAACAAUGGUGGUGAUGGCACAACUCCCACGCUUUCAACGAGCUUGAUAAUGGCUGUUAUACUGCUCCUAUCAGCAGACAUGGUACACUGAUGGCCGGGUUGUUAUGUCAGGUAAAAUCCAGGCAGUGUGGAUAUUCAGCGCCAUACCAAAGAAAAUUCCUGCAAUCGAUACCACAAAUUCAUGUUCAUCUCGAUGUGCAUCGGUGUAAUGCGAUGCGUACUUAACUGAGGUGAUGACACAUCAACAGAGAGAAUAAUGGAGAAUCCAAGUGGAUGUAUUUUGUCGUAAUGCACUGUUGUGAUAACAGGGUAACAGAGGUAUAUUUUUUUUCGCCAAAGACAAAGGAAAAUACUAUCGUCAAGUACCUUCGUUACAGUAUAAUAUGAAGAUUAUGCGACAUAAAUUAUAUUUAUAAUGCAAUGCUAAGUGUUUAUCAUCGAAUCUAACGAUCCAGUUAUCAAGGUUCUUUAUGUACCUGAUGUUUCAACAACCUCGGAGGAAUUCUCGAGUGCUUUUUGUGCAUCUUGAGAGAUGAAACUUUUCACAUUGAUGUUAUUAUUGUAUAAAGACCCUGUAUAGAAGGUAGUGAUUAAGGAAUGCUGCUGUGUCUGUACAUAAAUAUUUUUUAGCGAUUAAUUAUAACAGCGAGCAAUUUGAAUUCCACCGGAAUUCAACGAAAACUAAUUGAACCUAGUCCUGUACUUAGAGUUGAGAGAAGUUUGUAUUAAUUGUAACAGUGAGUACCAUUGUAUAAAAUAAUGCUAGUGUGUUGAUACAUGAAUAUUUAUUUUAAUGAAACUGUAUAGAAAAUUUUGAAAGCCCAAUUUUUUGCUAAUUAUUCAAUAAAAUGGGAAUUCAAUGAGCAGUCAAUUUAA